AUGUCGACCUCCUUCGACUUCGACAACGACUCCCACCGCCGCUUCGACCCCCUCCGCAACACCUGGGUCCUCUGCUCCCCGCACCGCACAAACCGCCCCUGGCAAGGCCAACAAGAAAAACCAUCCACUACUACUCUUCCAACAUACGGUUCGGAAUGCUAUCUCUGUCCCGGUAACAUGCGUGCACAGGGGGAUCGGAAUCCAGUGUAUGACAGCACGUACGUUUUCGAGAACGAUUUCGCUGCGGUCAAGGUCGAGCAACCCGAUUUCCCACUCACGCAACCGAACCAGGAGGAUAUUGAGGCAGGGGAUAAAUCGAGUCUAUUAUUGAGAGCUGAAGGAGUGAGAGGGAAAUGCUACGUCAUCUGCUUCAACCCAGCUCACAACACGACCCUUGCCGAACUUCUCGCCCACGCUCUGCUUCCCGUCAUAUCCGCCUGGAAAUCCAUCUACUCAUCCCUCGCUCAACGAGCCGCACAGGGGGAACCCUUCCGGUAUGUCCAGAUAUUCGAGAACAAGGGCGAUACGAUGGGAUGUUCGAACCCACACCCGCACGGGCAGGUAUGGUGCACGGACUCCAUCCCGACCGAACCCAGUACUGAACUCACCAACAUGACUGCUUACAAAACUCAACACGGGACCUGCUUGUUGUGUGACUAUGCAGCGUUGGAGAGUUCGGCGGAGGGAAAACCACGCGUGGUGUUGGAAAACGAGGAUUGGAUUGUUGUCUGUGAAUGGUGGGCGACAUGGCCCUUCCAGACUCUCCUCCUCCCUAAACGGCAUAUCCCGUCCCUCCUCGACCUGACUGAGGAGGAAACCGCGAGUUUUGCGGACAUUUUGUCGAGGUUGACGUGUCGGUAUGACAACCUCUUCGAGACAUCAUUUCCAUAUUCGAUGGGAAUACAUCAAGCACCACUUAAGGGGAAGGGAACGGCAUGUGAAGAGGAUGGGUGUGAUAUCGCACAUUUACACGUUCAUUUUUAUCCGCCGUUGUUGAGGAGUGCAACCGUGAGGAAGUUCUUGGUUGGGUUUGAGAUGAUGGGGGAAGUACAACGGGACUUGACGCCGGAGAUGGCGGCGGCGAGGUUGAGGGCGUGUGAUGAGGUCCACUACAAGAAUAAGGUUGUCGAAGGAGAGAACGAGCAGUAA